GGGCGUGUUUCAUCACCUCCACUACUCUGUCCUGCUACUGCCAUUACUAGGUCCUAUCUCCAUUGCUACGAAUAAGCUACGGGUUUCCCUCUCAUGUACGUACCUUUCCAUAGUGCAUGACUCAUAUUUUACUUAAAUCCUCCCUUCUAUCCACUUGACUGCUCGUCUGUUCUCUCCCUAGGUAGAUAUUAUACACCAUAUCUCCCUUGGAGUCACAACGAUGGACAAUAAUACUACCUCGAACCCGGAGACUCUCUUCCGACCGGUAAAGAGAAGAAAGUUCUUGCGACGUCGCCCUGAGGACACACUAGAAGAUUUCCGCAAUGAAAAUCGAAGGGAUGACCGUGGCUCAGAUCCUACCACCCCCUCUCAAUCCCAAGCAGACAAUGAUCCCGUGCACCCUACUGAUCUUGUUCGUCUACGACGUCUUCAUCGCUUUCGCAAGGGUGGCAUUGGAUUUUCUACUACCUCUCGACAGUCGGCAAACAACGAUAAGCAAGCCAUCGUAUCUACGGGAUCAGCGGAGGAUCUCGAGGCGCAGAGGAUCCACGCUAUGUGUGACCGAUUUACAGCACAUACUGGGCAGACGGUGGAUGUUGACAAACAUAUGAUGGCUUAUAUAGAGACCGAAAUGGCUAAGCGACACCAGCACACUGUCCCGACAGAUGAUUCAGAUGGUCCUUUGGUGGGCGAAUCUGGUGCUGCGCCGUCCCCAACCGACCAUCCUCAACGUGAACCGGCGUCUUUAGGUAAACUCCACGAGAUUGAUCUCGGCCAGGAGACCAAGCUACAGAAUAUCGCACGGACGGAGGCAGCGACAAGAAAGUUAGCAAGAGACGAUGAAUAUGAGCAUCUCAAGCAUGACGGCCCUCUCUUCACAGCAGCUCCUAUGGGAAAGGAUGAGAGACUAUGGCGUCGUCAAAAACGACGAACCAGUGAGGAUGUGGAAAGAGACCGACUCGUAGAAGAAGUUCUACGCGAAAGCAAACGUAAGCACUCCAACCCUUUCUGUAAUGCCUUCAGACGUGAUCCGACUCUAACAAAGAAAAUAACAUUUCUCGUAGUGGACGUAUAUGAGGAACCGGAAUAUGAAACAGCGGCAGCGGGAGACGACCAAGCUGCUGAUGACAGAGUCGCCGAACAGUUCCGAAGAGACUUCCUUGAUGCCAUUCAGUCACGUCGUCGGGUAACGCGAGUGAAAAACCCCAAGACCGCGAAAACCGAGGCAUCGCGGGGUCCUAAGCUGGGAGGCAGCCGGAGUGCUAGAGCUGCGAUGCGGGAAAUGCAAGAGAAGCAAGGGCGAAAAUGAAUGUGCAUUACAACCUACCCGCCCCACUCAUCUGGAACCUUGGAUAAUCUCAUCCUUACUGUGGCAUACUUGUCGCCUGUAGCGCCCGCUUACAUUCUGGAUAAACUUCAGUGUAAUAUAUUCCUGAGCGAAAUCUAAUUGGUGGACUUCCCUGCGUCCCACUCGAGCAGAGACAUCACCGUCCUUAUCUCUGUUUGGCGCAUUUUCCUAUUCCAUGGAGACAAACAGGCUUAUAGGAUUGUUUAAUUACCGCCGUUGCUCUCCAUCUCAUGCUCUUUUGCCAUGAUAGCCACCGCAGGUACGGAAGCCCUUCGGUUACCUAUCGACCAUAAUGUGCCAUAUUCCAGGUUGAAUGAUGUGGACACCUUAGUCCCUUUGGAAGUUGGUACCACCUUCCGUUCAGUUAUGCUCAUGGAGGGAGCUUGUUGAGGUCGCCGGAGCGGGUGUCGACUGUCUCUUUUAUCUUUGAAUCGAAAACCUAGCGUGUGCAAUAGUAUUGUUGGUCUUGCUUGCGUGAGUGAACUGUAUACGCUAUAAUACUUUCCCACACAGUGUAUCUCACUUUCUAGCGUUGUUACAAUGGUAGGACAAUACGAGUUGGCG